CUCGGGGACCUGGACCGGGAGGAUAUCAUCCCUGCUCAUUUAUUCUGCCUCCAGCCCUCAGACGGCAGCAUUCGGGCUGGAUGCUAGGAAGCCACGGGCCCCCCCAGGGCACCCGGGCACCCCCUGCCACCACCCGGGGAGAGCCCCUCCCCCUCGCCCGGUGCCGGAGCCGGGGAGGAGGGGGAGCCAGCCGCGCCUGCCUCGCGCCCUGAGCUGGCCACUGGGACCCGGAGGACUUACUUCUCAGAGGGAUGGUAGGAGCAGGGUGGCUGGCAGGUCCUCUGAGGCUGCCGAACAGGGGACAGAGCUGCCAAAAGGAUGUUGAAGUUUCGGGCUGAUCGGCGGGUCAGCCACAAUGAAAGACGGAACACAUUUCUGCACCCAGUGACUGGCCAGGUCCCAGAAGAAAACAAAAAAUUUAACUUGAAAACAUCGGCCUUGGACAUGUCCAAUAAAGCAGGUGGAAAGCGCCCGGCUAUCACCAACAGCGACACAUCCAACCACAACAUGGUGUCCGAGGUCCCCCCAGAGCGGCCCAGCGUCCGGGCAACCCGAACAUCCCGCAAAGCCAUCGCUUUUGGGAAGCGCUCACACUCCAUGAAGCGGAAUCUCAAUGCACCUGUCACCAAGGCGGGCUGGCUCUUCAAGCAGGCCAGCUCCGGGGUCAAGCAGUGGAACAAGCGCUGGUUCGUCCUGGUGGAUCGCUGCCUCUUCUACUAUAAAGAUGAGAAGGAGGAGAGCAUCCUGGGUAGCAUCCCGCUCCUGAGCUUCCGGGUGGCGGCAGUGCAGCCUUCGGACAACAUCAGCCGAAAACACACCUUUAAGGUGACCACGUGCUGGGUGGAUGAGGCCGGGGCCAGUUCCACGCACUGCCUCUCCCCACAGGCUGAGCACGCUGGGGUCCGCACCUACUUCUUCAGUGCCGAGAGCCCCGAGGAACAGGAGGCCUGGAUCCAGGCCAUGGGGGAGGCUGCCCGAGUACAGAUCCCCCCAGCCCAGAAGUCGGUGCCCCAAGCUGUGCGUCACAGUCUACCACCCCCUGCCCAGCUCGCUGCUGGGCUGGAGUCACUUACAACAUCUCCCUUGGCAUCCUGCAGCCAUGAGAAGCCAGACUCAGAGAACAUCCCUCCUAGCAAACACCACCACCACCAGCCGUCCCACAACAGCCUCCCCAAGCCCGAGCCAGAGGCCAAGACUCGAGGGGAGGGUGACGGCCGGGGCUGCGAGAAGGCAGAGCGGAAGCCCGAGAGGCCCGAAGUCAAGAGCGAGCCUCUGGUGAAAGCCAAUGGCAUCCAAGCCGGACCGGAACCAUCCUCGGAGCCGGGCAGCCCUUACCCCGAGGGCCCAAGGGUCCCAGGGGGAGGAGACCGGCCCGCCCAGCCCAAUGGCUGGCAGUAUAGCUCCCCGAGCCGGCCCGGGAGCACAGCUUUCCCGCCUCCGGACUCAGAGAGUGGGGGGCACCAGCGGAACUUCCCCCCACGUGCCAACCCCGACAAGAUUGCCCAGCGCAAGAGCUCCAUGAACCAGCUGCAACAGUGGGUGAACCUGCGCCGGGGGGUGGCGCCCCCUGAAGAUCUCCGGAGUCCCUCUAGGUUCUACCCCGUGUCCCGCAGGGUCCCUGAGUAUUAUGGCCCCUACUCCUCCCAGUACCCUGAUGAUUACCAGUACUACCCACCAGGGGUGCGGCCCGACAGCAUCUGCUCAAUGCCAGCCUAUGAUCGGAUCAGCCCACCCUGGGCCUUGGAGGACAAGCGUCACUCCUUCCGCAAUGGAGGCGGCCCUGCCUUCCAGCUUCGGGAGUGGAAGGAGCCUCCGGGCUACGGGCGGCAGGAUGGCACCAUCUGGCUCCCCGGCCCCUCCCCCUCCCGGCAGCCAGUCUAUUAUGAUGAGCUGGAUGCCACAUCCGGCUCCCUGCGCCGCCUGUCCCUGCAGCCCCGCUCCCACUCCGUGCCCCGCUCGCCCAGCCAGGGCUCCUACAGCCGCGCCCGCAUUUACUCCCCCGUCCGCUCACCCAGUGCCCGUUUUGAGCGCCUGCCACCUCGCAGCGAGGACAUCUAUGCUGACCCCGCUGCCUAUGUGAUGAGGCGAUCCGUCAGCUCCCCCAAGUAUGAUUACCUGGGAGACAGGCGGCCAGUCCCUGCAGGACUGUUCCCCUACAACUACCCACCAUCCCCCACGGCCCACGAUAAGAUGGAUGAACUUUUAGACCUUCAGUUGCAAAGAAACCUAGAGUAUUUGGAUCAGCAGAUGAGUGAGAGCGAGACUCUCAUCAGUAUGGUGAACCGCAUGGUGGAAAACUCCUCCCCCAGGGCCCAACUCUUCAUGCAAGUCCCUCCGUACCCAGAAGUGUUCCGGGACGGCCUCCACACCUACAAGUUAAACGAGCAGGAUACAGAUAAGCUGCUGGGCAAACUGUGUGAACAGAACAAGGUGGUGAGGGAGCAGGACCGGCUAGUGCAGCAGCUCCGAGCUGAGAAGGAGAGCCUGGAAAGUGCCUUGAUGGGGACCCACCAGGAACUGGAGAUGUUUGGAAACCAGCCCGCCUACCCGGAGAAACUGCUGCGCAAAAAAGAGUCCCUGCAGAACCAGCUCAUCAACAUUCGGGUGGAGCUGUCACAGGCGACCACGGCCCUGACGAACAGCACCAUAGAGUAUGAGAACCUUGAAUCCGAGGUCUCUGCCCUGCACGACGACCUCUGGGAGCAGCUCAAUUUGGACGUCCAGAAUGAGGUACUCAACCGGCAAAUCCAGAAGGAAAUCUGGAGGAUCCAGGACGUGAUGGAGGGGCUGAGGAAAAAUAACCCAUCCCGGGGCACGGACACGGCCAAGCACAGAGGAGGCCUUGGCCCCACGGCCACCUACAGCUCCAACAGCCCCGCCAGCCCUCUCAGCUCUGCCAGUCUCACCAGCCCCCUGAGCCCCUUUUCACUGGUGUCCGGCUCACAGGGGUCCCCCACCAAGCCCGGAUCCAGUGAGGAGCCCGGCCCGCCACGGCCCCCCCUUCCCAAAGCCUACGUCCCCCUGGAGUCUCCUCCAAACGUGCCUCCACUCCCUAGCGAGAGCCGCUUCUGGCCGUACCCCAGCUCCCCUUCCUGGCACCGCCGUGGCGAGCCAGCCAGGGGUCAGCCCAAGGCAAGCUAUGAGCAAAGCAAGAAAGACCCCCACCAGACGUCACCCCUGGACACCGCCAGAGACAUCAACCUGGUGCCCACCAGGCAAGAGGCGGAGGCAGAGAAGCAGACAGCUCUCAACAAAGUUGGCAUUGUGCCCCCUCGGACGAAGUCGCCCACCGAUGAAGAGGUAACCCCGUCAAGGGUGGUGAGGAGGAGUGCCGAUGGGCUCACCAACGGACUCUCCUCCCGGCAGGAGCGCCCCAAGAGUGCCGUGUUCCCUGGCGAGGGCAAGGUCAAGAUGAGUGUGGAGGAGCAGAUCGACCGCAUGCGGAGGCACCAGAGCGGCUCUAUGAAGGAGAAGCGAAGGAGCCUGCAGCUCCCGGCCAGUCCGGCCCCCGACCCUGCUACGCGGCCCGCCUACAAAGUGGUGCGCCGUCACCGCAGCAUCCACGAGGUGGACAUCUCCAACCUGGAGGCGGCCCUGCGGGCAGAGGAGCCUGGUGGGCAGGCCUACGAGACGCCGAGGGAGGAGAUCGCCCGGCUCCGCAAAAUGGAGCUGGAGCCCCAGCACUAUGACGUGGACAUCAAUAAGGAGCUGUCCACGCCGGACAAAGUCCUCAUCCCUGAACGGUACAUUGACCUGGAGCCCGAUACUCCCCUGAGCCCCGAGGAGUUGAAGGAGAAGCAGAAGAAGGUGGAGAGGAUCAAGACGCUCAUUGCCAAGUCCAGUAUGCAGAACGUGGUGCCCGUCGGCGAGGGGGACCUUGUGGACGUGCCCCAGGACUCAGAGAGCCAGCUGCAGGAACAGGAGAAGCGGAUUGAAAUCUCCUGUGCCCUGGCGACCGAGGCCUCCCGCAGGGGCCGCAUGCUGUCUGUGCAAUGUGCCACCCCAAGCCCUCCCACCUCCCCUGCUUCCCCGACUCCACCAGCCAACCCCCUAUCGUCUGAAUCCCCACGGGGCACCGACAGCAGCCAUACCAUGCGGGUCUGAGCUCUGACUGCAAGCCCUGGCCGAGGCCAACGCCGUGAAGCUGCACAGAGCCACGUUCUGAAGGCCGCCUCUGCCCCCCGAGGUCCUGGUCCCCCACCCCGGCCCCCCGCGCCUGCGCUCCCGUGGGAAUGCUGCAGGGAGCCAGGCUGGGGGCCGGGGUUGCCGCCGAGAGGAUGCCUCAGUGUCCACAUGCCCGCCACGCCCGGCCCCGAAGCCCCUCGCUACUCAGAUGGUGGUCCUCGGCCAGGGCCUGAGAGGGCGGACAGGGAGCACCCUCCUGUCUGGUGCCCAAGUCACAGGGAGCUAGGCCUGGCCCUGCCCGGGCUGGUGAUGGCCUUACUGGAACAUUUCCUGAUGAAGAGGAUGCCCUGGUGGGAGAGACGCCCUGGGCCAUCUUAGGUUAGGACUAGGGGAAGAUGGACACUCUGCCUCUUCUGGGCCCUCUCGACACUGAGGACGGCACCUGCCAUCAUGUCCUUCCCCCAUCAGCCCCACCCGACUGCCCCGGCUGUACCCAGGGCUUUGACACAUCUCUGCUUAUGGGUGCUCCUUGGGGGUCCAGUGGAGACUGACCACCCUGCUUGAGCCAAAGACAAGAUGACAAGACGUGGGGAGAGGCUCCUCGGCUCCCGGAGGGGACAGUGCUGGCUGUGGGUAGAGAGCAGCACGCAGGUCUGUGCAGCGUCUGAGGGCAGGUUGAGAAGGGGUAGAAGAGAGAAAGGGAGAGUUGGAGGCGAGUGGGAGGGAGGACAAGGAAGCAGCAGGAAUCGUUUGCAAGAAAAAGGACAAGGCAGAGAUGCAAAGAGGGGGUACGGGAUUGGUUUCCCCAGGAUGGAGCCUUAGCUUCGUGCCAAGUACAGUGCCAGACUGUCAGCUCCGCUCCUCCACCGGGUCCCCCAGAUCCGCGGGCUGCCCGCACACUGGCUCCCGGAGGACCCACCAGCAAGCACGUGGGGGCCUGAGGCCGUGGGGACGAAGGUGUGGGGAUGCUGGUGUGGGUGAGCAGGUUGGAAGAUGGCUCUUUCUUAGGUCUGGGCCUAGCGUCUGCCUCCCCCUACUAGGCUCAGGGUCCGAGAGAAGGACCUGUCUUCUGUAGGGUGUAGUCAGCCUUGGGGCCUUUCCUAACCUUGUUCGGGACAUUUCCUUGUCCCCCUUCCCCUUGGAAUGGGCUGUGGGCCAGCUGAGCGAGUGCCCUGGAGAGGUAGCACAGCCUUAAUCUGGGAGGCCAGAUUCUAGGACCCCACCCCGCAUUCCAGGCGUCCGGAUGAGGCUGUAUGGAAGGACUCCCUUCCGGCCUGGCUGUCUCACAAUCCACCUACCCAGGGAGGCCAGUGGAGGAGACACAGAAGCAAAGCUCAUUCUUCCUCCUCUGCGGCUCGUCUUCGAGGACUGUAGCCAGAGAGGAGGGAGGGGAGAGAGUGAAGCUGGAAGAACCUCGGCCCCUGGGCCUUCUCUCUGCCAGAGCUGAUGCCCGGAGACUUCCCAAGAACGACUACUUUAUCUGCCGCCAAGUCUUCUCCACCCCUUCACGGCUGGGACAGUUACUGGUUCAUAUGCAAGUAAAGAUGGCAGUUGAUUCAACAAAUAUUUAUCAGGCACCUUUUAUGUACCAGGCACUGUUCUAGGUGCUUAGGAUAUUCUCGUGCUUCUGCGGGAUGGCAGGCUGGGGAAUUUCACUUCACUUUUAGCAGAGGUGUUGACCGUGACCUUUGGCUCCAUUUCCCAUCUUUAGCACAGCUCGAGCACCCCAAACCUGUUUUUUUUUUCCCUCCCCUACACACUGGCGGGCGGGAUUGGCCCUCUCCCUCUUUCCGGCACCUUUCUCCACCCACAAGAAACGGCUCUUCGGGGGCCUUCCACGCCUUCUCCUUUCUUUGUCCGUCUCUCCUUUUUUAAAGUGGUAUUUUUAGAACUACACGUAAAAUACCAAGGAUUAACGCCUGCCACCUCGCUCUCACCUCCUGUUUCAUAAAGCUGGCUCUUUAUGUUGCUUUACAUGCCUUAAUAUAUGUUUUAUGAAGAUUAUACAUAUUAUAGAUAUAUACAUAAUAUAUAUAUUUGUUUGGAUGUCUGGUCCUUUCCCAGAACUCCUGCCCAGGCCCGUUUUCUCCCCUUCACUUUCCACGCCAUUCCUACCUAGCACGUUGUGGCCACACCCCAUGCCUUUUGAUCCAAAGAAGGGGAGAGGACAGACUUAUUUUAAGACAGAUCUAUUUUACGCUUUUAUUAUAAAAGCAAAUCUAUUUUCAAAAUGUGCAAUGUCUGAAUGGAAUUGGCCAAUGGUAGGAGGAGACUGGGGCGGCUGCCUCUAGGUCCGACCCUGUGUCCUUCCCUAUCCCCCCACCCCCACCCCCACCCCCCACCCCCCCCACCCCCCGGCAGCUUCCUCCUCCUAUUCUCCAGUCUGCGAAGGACCAGUCCCCAGAGCUCACCCAGAGAGCAUCUUACCAGGGCAUCCAGGCUCUUGGAAGUCCUGGUCUAAGGAUUUGAUUACAACUGUCAACUCUUGAUGACCGUCUAAGGUUACGGGAUGUGAAUCCUCUCAAAGGAAAUGUUUACAGUUGUGUGCACAAAAGCACACCCGUGCGGGCACACACACUCCCCCGAUGUGCUCCUGGACCUCCUCCCUUCAUCGGUCUGCUGGAAAGGGCAGACAGUUUAAUGGCAGCCUAUGCUAAACAGCACCAAGAAUUCUGUUCCCUGAUGGAGCCAGGAUGCAGUGCAAAGGCCAAAGGAAAACAGUUUGGGAUCACAGGUCCUUCGGCACAGACACAUUCAAGUUCCUCGGACUUCUCACACUCCUUGAUCCCUUUCCGGUCUGGGUCACAUCGACGACCUCUGUCUCCCUCUGUGACCUUUCCUCUGGGGGCUGUUGAUAAGGGGACGGUACCUCGGUCUGGCAUCCAGACUGCGAAGUCAGCUUCUGGGCUGAAGCGAGUCCCACGGACAAGGUAACAUCUCAGCCUUGCCCAGGAAGCCCCCCGAGACUUUCAUCUGGAGGGCUGCCGCUGGGGCUCUGAACUCCGCCGGCUCGGCCUUCCACGCUCUUAUCGGCCCACAAAGUAGGCAAGGGGCUCUUGCCUUGCAAGGUUUCGGGCAGAAUGGAAGUCUUUUGUCCAGAUCCGGAAUCAAAGGUUUGGGACUGUCACAGAGCUCCUGGCCAGCAUUUGAAGCCUGACCUCCCAACUCUGACAUUUACUGACACCCUAUUCCCAGCCUGGAGCAUCUUGUUAUGAAUGAACGGGGCCCAGACGGAGGCCCAGGGCUAAGUGACCCACCGGGAGACAGCCCUGGUUACUAUUCUAGGGCCUUCCCAAUUAGCACAUUACCUUCCUGAUCAAUAACCAAGAGGCUGUAAUCAAAUACCGCUACUGUCACUUUAAAGAUUUUCUGAGGUCGCAAGCUGUGCAUACUUGCUCUCCUGCCUUGGGGAGAGGCAUGGUCUUGGGGCAGGGCUGAGAAUAGCAAGACGGAAUCAAUUCCUUUCCCCUGUAGGCACCCCCCACCUGGCAGCUCUUAAAACUAAGGAAAAUAUGAAAUAUACGUAUAUAUACAUAUAUCUAUUUAUGCACAUACUGGGGCCAAUUUGAUUUGCUAGCAUUAGACAAUAAACCAUACAAGGAAAUGUAUGAUCUCAGUGUCUUUAUUUAGUAUAAAAGUGACCUUAGAAGAAAAGUUAAAGUUAGAUAAACAGAGGGCAUCUCUGUUGGGGACCAAACAUCUGUAGCAGCUGCUUUUAGCAUCUUUCUAGCCAACAAGCCCCUCCCCGGGGAGGGGCCUCGUGACUGAGAGUGAACGUUCGCUUCCCCCCGCCCCGCAGCAUUCUUUCUAGAUCUAGGUACUGAAGAAUCCCAGUGAGCUCUGCAUUUGUAUCUUGCAAGUUUGUAUAAACCCAAUACAGGAAAUAAAAUGAAUGGUUUGUACACGU